ACCUGACGCGGCUGCGGGCUGAAGAGACACAAGGGAAGUCGCUGUCGCCACAGUCAGAGCUUUUGCCGCCGUCGUCGUCACUGCCUGCAGCAGCCGGGACCCUCCGCCUCACCGCCUCCGCCUCGCCGCCCGCGCUAUGCCGUCGGAGAAGACCUUCAAGCAGCGCCGCACCUUCGAACAAAGAGUAGAAGAUGUCCGACUUAUCCGAGAGCAGCAUUCUACCAAAAUCCCAGUGAUAAUAGAACGGUACAAGGGUGAGAAGCAACUUCCUGUCCUGGACAAAACCAAAUUCCUUGUACCUGACCAUGUCAACAUGAGUGAGCUCAUCAAGAUCAUUAGGAGGCGCUUACAGCUCAACGCUAAUCAAGCCUUCUUCCUGUUAGUGAAUGGACACAGCAUGGUGAGUGUGUCCACACCGAUUUCUGAAGUGUAUGAAAGUGAGAAGGACGAAGACGGGUUCCUGUAUAUGGUAUACGCCUCUCAGGAGACAUUUGGAAUGAAAUUGUCUGUGUAAGACUAGAAAAAUGCAUCUGUUCUUGAAUUUUUUUAAACCCUUACCAAGAAAAAAAAAGGGAUAUUACCAACUGAGAUUAAUUGCUCAGUUCAUCCAGUCACAGAUCAUCAAAACAGUAGUGUUCCUGCCUAGGAGUUUUAGGAAGUUGUUUUGUCCUGCAAGCAGAAAAACUGAGCUCCAAAUGAGCACAUUCAGCUUUGGAAAAUUAUAUUAUUUAACCUAGGCUGUUUUGUUUUCAAAUUUAGAAGUUUAAAAAUAAAAUAUUUUGCAUUCUAAGUUGCCAAUAAAAUAGACCUUCACAUUGUUUUAAUGCUCUUACCCUAUUAGGAACCUUCAGUUUAAGCAGAGAGACAUUCUUCACUAGGUUCACUGAACCAGCCAACUUUUUGUAGAAGGGUUUCUAUUCAACUGGGGAAAUCUCUGUAAGAGGAUCUUUAAGCAUAAGUUGUCAAGCAUAGCCCCCCCGCUGUUUGCCAUAAUAGUUGGCAAGAAGCAGGGAAAAUGGGGGUAGGAAAACCCCGGACCGCUGCCCAAGGUUCCCGCUCCCAGUGUGCGCGUACCCGAGUCCGUGUGUGCUUGCGUAGACGAUAACGGAGAAGAGCACCACUGCUCCGUAAGAACCUGGAUAGUUCAGAAUUUUGGUCUAGUUUCUCAAAGGGCCCAGAGAAGGAACGCGUGACAUUUCUCCCGGUUCGUAUGUUCUCUAGGAAGUCAGACUGCUGUCUGCUUUGGCAAAGAAACAAGCUGUUCUAUCAGUUUCAUUCCUUAGGACAGUGCUAGAAGGUACGGAACACGAAAACUCAAGCAUUAAAAUUCAGAUGCGCUCCCUCUACCCUUUGGCCUAAAGCUGUAGAUGAUCCAUGUUCUAUGUUAAGUGUGUGACUCCUAUUAAAAAGCUACCACAUUUUUGAGAGUAUUUCAGUUGUCACUGUGGGUCAACCAACCAUUAAGGUUCCUCCACUCCUGAGUGCAUGUCAGCUGUGAAGAAAACAGCAGCAAAAGGAGACCUAAUGCUCUUUGCAGUUAUUAAUGUCAGAAGUUAAACAUUUUCCAAGUUCAACUAGACUAACCAGUGCUUCAUACUACCUGCAUGGGGUUCACUAUUUACUGUUUUUGUGGGAGUAGCACAGAAAGAUCACAGACCGCUUUACGCUGUGCUGUGGCAGGUCACGAUUUCCCUUCGUGUGUUUAGAUGUGUGUGGUAUCCCUGUACCUGUUAGUGUAAGUUACUUAUUAAUGGGGGGGGAGCAAUAGUACUGCAUAUGGGCACUUGACCCCCGACCUUCCAACAACUCUUCCCGCUGCAUGCAUCUGUCCGCGUGGCUAACUUUUAAUAUGUGUAUUUUUACAUUAUGUAAAUUCUUAAUCAGCCUGUCUUGUUUAGAUUGUAUACAUCAUUAUAUCUGACAUUCUUGUAACUACUGUGUGAUCAGUACUAUUCUUAGAAGAAAUUCUGCUUUUCAAAAAAACAAGUACCAUGCGGAGAGGGGUGACUUCGUUCCCACAUUAGUGGGUGGUCACUAGGAUCUCUAAACCAAGUACAUUUUUAAUGAACUAAGGUGAAUAAAGGCACAACUAAAAACUGUCA